GUCAAUGGUUGACCAUACAUUUGUCAAGUCAUCCAGACCUUAUUAUAGGACUUCCAUUUACCAAACCCUGGGUUUUAGCGAGACAACAAAUAAUGUCAAUAUCUCCACUUUCUUGAUUUCCGGCUCUGGGGCGGAAAUAAAUAAAGGAAAUAAUUUAUUUAUUUAUUUAUUUAUAAAUAAAUAAAUAAAUAAAGGAAAACUGCUUCGCUGGACAUUUGAAAGGUACGUUUUGAGUAGGCUAAAACACGGUUAACUUCUUGUUGAGUCAGUAUCUUGGAUCUAUAACCACGUCGUUUUCGUUGGAGUGAAAACAAAAGGAAGUCUUGAAGUUGAAAAGUAAGAUAUCUGAAGGCUGAGUUUAGUGGGUUGACAAACUAGAUGAUAUAGGCUGUAGGGUAGCAAAUAGUCAAUUAUAUGACUUCCGCCUCCUAUAUAAUUUGCUUUCAGUUAUGGUUUAAUACAGUAUGGUAAAUGCGAGUUAUUUGAUUUUGUAGAAUCUGAAAGUUUUGUUGCUUUCAUUCCGACUUUAAUGGCGCAGUCUGAUGAAUGUCCCACCAUCACAUUUCCAUGUUCUCGUAUCCCAAACGUCUGCAACAAUAUGCGAAACGCCAUUUCAAAGGGAAAACCUACAAUGUUAAACCGCGUCACAGACCCUAAGAUUAUAGCACAGAACAGAAGAAACUCCGGUUGUCCAAAAUUGCCAAAAGUACCGGGAAAAAAUUGUGACGAAUAUCCGUUUGCAUCGAGCAGACAAGGUGGAAAGGGUGCUGAGAUCAUGAAUGUUCCUUCAAGAGAAAACAGUAUUCAAGGUGGAUUACUGGCUGGUUUUUAUCGUGCGCAGAAGAUCGGGGAUGGUGACUGUUACAAGGUUGCACUAGGUCCAUAAAUGACGGCUGAUUUUGUCGUCAGUUCUUUGCACUGAUGUUUCUCAAAAUAACUAAUAAUUAUACAUGUAGUUCUUGCCACAAAGUAACGUAAUUAAUCAAUCUUUUCCAUAUUUUUCCGCCAAACAUAAUACUUUCUUAUAAAUGUCACAAAUAUAGUUAAAUACGAUACGUAUUCAUGUGACCACUGACUU